AUGGGCCUCUGUGGUAGCACGCUCGACGAGACGCCGGCGCCGCAGACCAAGCGCGAGACGACGUUUGCGAUGGGGCUCAUCACGGACCUCGACACGCGCAGCAAGGAGGUGGAUGAUGGCACGCCCGCCUGGCACGCCCUCUUCCAGCGCGCGCUGCUGGUGCGCGACGCCGACGGCCGCUACAGCGUCGAGUGGUGCGACGCCGUCACGAUCACAACGGACGUCAACGAAGACGGCCGCGGCUUUGAGCUCAGCGAGCUCGCGUGGUUCGAGGGCCGGCUCCUCACGUUCGACGACCGCACCGGCAUGAUCUUUGAACUGACCAACUUUGCUCUCAACGCGACGGGUCCGCUGCAGGCGACGCCGCUCGUUGCCAUCAAGGCGGGCGACGGCACGGUCGCGAAAGGCGCCAAAAACGAGUGGGCGACCGUCAAGGGCUACGUGCUGUACGUCGGCAGCCACGGCGUCAACUGGGCGCCCGGCGGCGUUCUUGAAAACGACUACCACCGCUGGGUCGCCCAACUGCCGUCGCUCGACGGUCCGAUUGCGCACGUCAAUUGGUCCGCGCGCUUCGACGCGGUGCAGGCUGCGCUCGGUGCCUCGGGCUACGUCAUCCACGAAGCCGUCGAGUGGAGCGAGCAUCUGCAGCAGUGGCUCUUGCUGCCUCGGCGCGUCUCGGACGAAGCGUUUAGCGACGAGGUGGACGCGACCAAGGGCAGCAACAAGCUCGUGCUGGCCUCCGAGGACUUCAGCGACAUUGAGGUGCGGACCGUCGGCGUCCUCGUGCCCGAGCGCGGCUACGCGAGCUUCAAGUUCGUGCCGGGCACGAACGAUAGCGUGAUCGCGGCGCUGAAGAGCGUCGAGGACAACGUUGCAGGAACGCAGGCGACGUACCUCUCGGUGAUCGACGUUGCAACCGGCAGCGUGCUCUUGCCCGACACCGAGGUCCCGGGCCGCUCGAAAUUCGAAGGCCUCGUGUUCCUGCAGCCAUAGGACAAGCGCGGGAUACCAUAAUUCUAUACACUGUGGUUUCUAUUGCAAUUUUUUACCAAUGCCAAACACCUUGAAGCC